AAAAAAGGUCCUAAAAAAACUGGAUCCGGAAAGCCUUCAGUACAGAGCUAGGUUUAAAAAACCAAGAAAAAACACGUUUUCUGGCCUUAUUUGUGAAAUAGUAAAUUUUGUGUUGGGGGAUUUGGCGUGGUGUAGUCCUGGGGAGUGCGAACAUGCGGCGUGCGCAGAACUUCCGAAUCGGUCACUUGUCCACGCCACAGAAGCGGAUUCUCCUGUAGACCUGUCUUCGGCUGUUAGUUUUUUUAAUAAUAGUCGUUUGAAUUUCUCUCUUGAGAUGGCCACCCUCGUCGAUUCGGCCCUCGUCUCCUUGGUCUUCGACUACCUCAACAAAAAGGAUAAAACUUUGGCACAAGUUUUCCAGAAGAAGACGAAAGCGGCUGCUUUACCAAAAGGUUCACCGACAUUGGAAGAAAUUUUUAAAAAUUACCAAAGUACUUCGUCAAAGAAAGUCAAUCUGAAUGCAGUUUCCAAAAAGAUGGAUGAUUCUUCAGAUUCUAGUUCAGAAUCUGAAGAUGAAACUGUUCCGGUUAAAACGAACGUUAAACCCCAAAAUGGUAUGCCUGCUCUUAAAACAUCAGUCACUAAAGCAGACACAAGCUCAUCAGAGGACUCCAGUGAUGAAGAGGAAGCGGUUAAAAAAGCACCAUCAAAACCACCAGUGAAAGGGCCUCCAAUGAAAUUAGCGGCAGGAUCUACUGCUAAGAAAGACAGCAGUUCUGAUGAUUCAGAUAGCUCAGAAGAGGGUGUAAAAAAGGCACCACAACCCGUAAAACCUACAGCUGUUUCUCCAGUGAAAAAACUGAAUGCUAAGCCAGUCCAGAAGGCUGAAAGUAGUAGUUCUGAGGACUCAUCAAGCGAAAAUGACAAACCAAUGACUCAAAGUUCAGCAAAGCAACAGCACAAAACUCUGACUCCAGGCAAACCGCAGCACAAAACUCAGACUCCAGUCAAACCUCAGCAAAAGAAUCCCGCCCAAGUGAAACCCACUAAAAAAGAGAGCAGUAGUAGCGAUGACAGCUCUGAUGAUGAGCCUGCUCUUAAGAAACAGGCUGUGCUAACAAAACCUGCAGAAAAAAAGACCUUACCUGUUAAAAAGAAAGAAUCUUCAAGCGAUGAUAGUAGUAGUGAAGAAGAAACAACAAAACAAGUUCGAUUGAAAAAACCUCAGGAGGUAAAAACACCUUUGAAAAAAGCUGAUACUAAAAAGGAAAGUUCAGAUGAUUCUUCUUCUGACGAAGAGCCACCAAAAACAAAUGUAACUAAGAAACCCGCUCAGUUACCUGCAAAGAAGCAAGAAUCUUCGAGUGACGAUAGUAGUGAUGAUGAACAGUCUAAGCCUGUCAAACUUCCUCCCAAAGUGAAAAACACUCCAGUUCAAAAACAAGUAGCUAAAAAAAAGGAGAGCUCUAGUGAUGACAGUGAUAGUGAAGAAGUCAAAUCCCCUGUCAAAGCCCAAGUAAUUGCCAAAACCCAGCAAAUAGCUGCACAGAAGAAAAAGCAGGAAUCUUCAUCUUCUGAAGACUCUUCUGAAGAUGAAGCUGCUGUAACUAAAGAAAAACCUGUACAAAAGAAACAGUCUUCCUCAGAAGACAGUUCUGGUGAUGACGAACCCAAUUUGAGCAAGGGAGUCAAGAGGAAACACUCACAAAACGGAGAAGAAACACAGCAAAAAAAACAAAACUACGGCAAUUUCGUUAAAGGAGAAAGCUUCAAUGAUAAUAAUAAUGAUAAUGAUAGUAAUGAGAAGACUAGAAAACCAGUUCCUUUUAGGCGAGUAAGAGAAGAAGAUGUGAGUGUGGAUCCGAGACUGAGCAACAACUCUUUUGAGGCCAAGGACGAUGGAGGAAUGGAGGAGAAAAAAGUUGGAAAUAAAGAUUUUGGCGGUGGACGUUUUGGUCGUGGUGGUAAUAGGGGGGGUCGUGGCGGGUCGUGGAACAACAAGGGCGGUUCACCAAAUUUUGGGAACAGAGGAGGAAGAGGCAGCUUCAACGAUAGGGGAGGAAGAGGCGGCUUCAAUGAUAGGGGAGGAAGAGGGGGUUUCAAGGAUAGGAAAAGCUUUGGGGAAGAGAGGAAAUCUUUUGGGGGCGAUAGGAAAUCUUUCGGGGGUGAUAGGAAAUCUUUUGGGGGCGAUAGGCAAUCUUUCUGGGGUGAAAAGAAAAACUUCGGCAGAGGUGGAGGAGGGUUUGGAGGAGGUGACAAGAGAGGACGAGGAGGAGGAUUCAGAAAAAGCUGGGGGGGUGAUAGCAAUACUAACCAAAUACCGACAUACGGUCCCGAACCCACACAAAAUAAGAAAAUUAAGUUUGACGAUUAAUUAUUUUGAAGAAAGGAGCAAGAGGAAGUUGGGGUGAAAAAGCAUAUGAAGUUCUAAAGCACACAAAGGGGAAGGCUUUCCGCCAUGAGAAAACGAAGAAGAAACGAGGCUCGUAUAGGGGCGGCCAGAUAUCUACAUCUGUCAAUUCGAUUAAAUUUGAUUAGGGUUUUAGAAUUUGAGAGGUCUACAUAACUGGCCAAAUAUUCCAGUUCAGGGAGGAUGCUUCAAAAUAUAAUGAGGCUUUGUUUUUAUACAUUGAUUUUUGCUACGUUUCACUUUUUCACAGAAAGUAAUGUAAAUUUUUAUAUUACACACUAACACACAAAAAUAUUUCAUUAAAAGACAAAAAAAAUCAUUUAGACACUUAAGAAACAUAACAGAAUGUUUCUUUUCUAUUAGAAAAAAAAAAAAAAAUCAUUUUCAGCAGUUUUUGACACUUUCACAUAAAUAUUGUAAUUAAAGAAAUGAAAAAAAAAACUUCAAUCAGCUUAUAAAAA